AGAACACACCAUGUAGCCCUCGUCUGUUUUGCGCCGCGACAUGAAAACCCUACGAAAUCUCUGGAAGCGUCCGGAAAUACACAUUCUUUUGCCUCCCUAACGGUUUCCCUCAGAUUGCUGAAGUUCAUUUCAGAAAACCCCUCCGUUCUCACAAGAUCACGACUGUCGCAGCCAUCGUUCAGCAGCGGGCGGCCGGUAAGGCUGAGAUAGGCUAUGCGGUCUUUCUUCUACCACUUGAAAUUUGAGCUCUAUCCCAGCUCUAGUCCCACGACUUGCGACACAACGAAGACGAAAGGGAAGGCCCGGCAAGCAGAACCGGUCGAUCCAAAUAUCUGGCUUCCUCCGAAAGGCGCCAACAUCUUCGCCGAACUUCCUGCGCAUUCGAAGAAAGCAUUCCCGAAGCCGAAGCUCUCACAUCGCCCCCAGAUCUCGCCGCUGCAACCUGUCGACCCCCCUUACGUCGCCGAAGUCUACCGAGAACCUACGUUGCAAGCGCCUGCCGAGAGUCCGUCCCCUAAUCUCAUCGAUUGUGGUCCUUCGAGAGCGCCGGUCAAGGAGGACAGUGGCAGCAACAUCGUCAGAUUAUCCGAGAGACAGUGGAAGGCGCGCACGCAGAGCUUCCCUCCCCCGACUUCUUCGGCUGCGAUCCGACCAGAGACUGCUAUCAGGGAUUGGCGAUUCGGACAGGUCAGCAUCGAGAGCAUCGACGUCGACCUGGAAGGCGACGUACACACGGAACAGAUGGCGGCUGAGGCGACGACUACGGCAGACUUAGGUGUCGGCCCGACAUUUGGCGGCACGGGAACGUCUACUAAGGCGAAGUAUGUACCGUUGGAGACAAAGAAUACAGAGGUUGGCUGGGGAGUGGUGCAUUUCUACCGCGAAGAGGAGGACACUCCUGGCCUGGGACUGCCGCCUUCAGAGGAAGAGGGCGUCAAGGUUGCUGAUUGCACGACCCUGUGCAUACCUGCAGUCCCUAGCUACCUCAGCCCGGGCGACUUUCUUGGGUACGUCGGCGAAAAAUGGAGAGACGACAUCAGUCACUACAGGAUGGUCAUGACGGCCAGGCUGAACAGGUACCUUGUGCUACUGAAGUUCCGGAACAGCAAGAGGGCACGCGAGUGGCAGAAGGAAUUUGACGGGAAGGUCUUCAAUAGCAUGGAGGCGCAAGUUUGCCACGUCGUUUUUGUCAAAUCGAUCACGUUUGAGACGCCCACGAGAGAGAAUCGCACGUUUCCCGACCUCAACCACGACCCAUUCACGCCUUCGUCGUCAGCCGCCGCCUCGAGCAGCUUGAAGCCCUUUCCUCCACCGACCCCGAACCUUGUCGAACUGCCAACCUGUCCCGUUUGCCUCGAGCGCAUGGACGAUACAACCGGUCUGAUGACUAUCCCCUGCCAGCACGUCUUCCACUGCACCUGCUUGCAAAACUGGAAAGGCUCGGGAUGCCCAGUCUGUCGACACACAAACCCGGAUACAGCGUAUGAUCCUUCGAACCCCUACACACAGCCGUUCGGGUCGUCGGUGUCGAACCUCUGCAGCGUGUGCGAUUCCACCGAUGACCUAUGGAUCUGCCUCAUUUGCGGCAACGUAGGCUGCGGCCGGUACAAGGGUGGACACGCCAAAGACCACUGGAAAGAGACAGCGCAUAGCUUUGCUUUGGAGCUGGAGACGCAGCACGUGUGGGACUACGCCGGCGAUACAUGGGUCCACCGUUUGAUCCGUGACAAGGGCGAUGGCAAGGUUGUCGAGCUUCCGGGGAGCAACGUACACCACCAUAGCCCUGCGAGUGGCUACGAAGACACCGUCCCACGGGCGAAGUUGGACAACAUUGGCCUGGAGUACACGCACCUCCUGGCAAGCCAGCUCGAGUCGCAGCGGGUAUACUUUGAGGAGAUGCUCAGCAAAGUGGCAGACAAGGCCGCCAAAGCCGCCGCGACAGCCGAGUCCGCCUCAGCGCAGGCAUCAACGGCACUCGAAGAGAACGCAACCCUCAAGGCGGAACUGAUGCGUCUCCAGACACAGGUCAUCCCCCAGCUGGAGCGCGACGCGGAGCGGGACCGUACCAAGGCCGUCAAGGCCCAGGAGCUCGCACGGAACAUGGGCAAGGCCCUGCAGGAGGAGAAGCAGGUCACGCAGGGGCUGAUGAAGCGCGUGGAGCACAACAACGCCGAGGUCGAGGCGCUUCGCAAGCGGGACGGCGAGCACAAGGUGCAGAUUGCGGAGCUGGAGGAGAUGAACCGUGACCUGACCAUGUUCAUCUCGGGACAGGAGAAGCUCAGAGAAUUAGAGAGCGAGGGAAAGGUCGAGGCGGGGGAGGUGGCGGAGGGGAGCGUAAGCGUCCCCGAGAGGAAGGGGAAGCGGAGGGCGAAGAAGUGA